UGGCCCAGCCGCCCGCCGCUUUCGUAGUGAGAGUGGCCGUGCAGCUCCACCCGGACUGCGUUAGUCUGACUUAGGCUUCAAGCUGCGGGGAAGUCCUCGGAUACGGGUCUUUCUGCGGGCCAUCGGUGGCGCCUCCGUCGCCUCGUCCUUCCUCUGGCAGAGUCUCCCAGCGGUUGCGCACCUGGUUCCCGAGGCUGCUGGGAGCUGCGAGUCUUGAGCAUGAGCGUGGGCUUCAUCGGCGCGGGCCAGCUGGCUUGUGCGCUGGCCCGGGGCUUCACUGCUGCAGGCAUCCUGUCUGCUCACAAGAUAAUAGCCAGCUCCCCGGAAAUGGACUUGCCCACCGUGUCUGCGCUCAGGAAGAUGGGCGUGAACCUGACCCGCAGCAACAAGGAAACUGUGCGGCACAGCGAUGUCCUGUUCCUGGCUGUGAAGCCACACAUUAUUCCCUUCAUCCUGGAUGAAAUCGGGGCGGAUGUACAAGCCAGGCACAUUGUAGUCUCCUGUGCAGCCGGUGUCACCAUCAGCUCUGUAGAGAAGAAGCUAAUGGUGUUCCAGCCUGCCCCCAAAGUGAUUCGCUGCAUGACAAAUACACCUGUGGUGGUGCGAGAGGGUGCUACCGUGUAUGCCACUGGCACUCAUGCCCUGGUGGAGGAUGGGCAGCUCCUGGAGCAGCUGAUGAGCAGUGUGGGCUUCUGUACGGAGGUGGAAGAAGACCUAAUCGACGCCAUCACAGGGCUUAGUGGCAGUGGCCCUGCCUAUGCAUUCAUGGCCUUGGAUGCGCUGGCUGAUGGUGGGGUAAAGAUGGGUGUUCCUCGGCGCCUUGCAGUCCGACUGGGGGCCCAGGCCUUGCUGGGAGCUGCCAAGAUGUUGUUGGAUUCGGAGGACCAUCCAGGCCAGCUCAAGGAUAAUGUUUGCUCCCCUGGAGGGGCCACCAUUCAUGCCCUGCACUUCCUAGAGAGCGGGGGCUUCCGUUCUCUGCUCAUUAAUGCAGUUGAGGCCUCUUGUAUCCGAACACGGGAGCUGCAGUUCAUGGCUGACCAAGAAAAGAUCUCCCCAGCUGCCCUUAAGAAGACCCUCCGGGACAGAGUGAAGCUGGAAUCUCCUAUGGUGUCUACACUGGUCCCCUCCAGCCCAGGGAAGCUCCUUACCAGGAGCCCAGUCCCAGGAGACAAGAAGGACUAAGGAAGACGCUCUAAAGGGGUGUUCGACACUGGAAGCCAGACAAACCGUGUACACUUCCCUCUGUUGGCAGAGAGGGGGUGGUACCUGUGUCAGCACCCACCUUGGUCAGAAGGUCUGGUCCUUCAGCUGCAGUCCAAGGCAAAUCAGUUUGAUUCCAAGGCAAGGAGGUGAGAGAGAAAUAACAUGAAAAGGAUUCUCUAAAUUUGGAGAAGUGAGAAUUGUUCUAGUCAGUGCUGGGGAUUUAGCUCAGUGGCACUGUGCCUGCCUCAUAAGCACAAGGUCCUGAGUUUGAUCCCUGGUACCACACACACACACACACACACACAUACAAUUUUUCUAAUCAGAAGUGUGUGGCAUAAUGCUAUGUCUGUUUGAUCCUUAUUUCAUGGAUGUAUCGUUUUGAGUGUUAUCUAGUGCAGAGUUUAGCUGCUUUAAUAAAGUUUUUUGCUUUUUCCUAUGCUUAAUCAUCUGUCACUGUUCUGGAAUACUUAAGACCAUUACCAGGUCCUUUCUGUACUGUCCAAGGGUAACAGGUAUGGAUAAGAGAAAAUACAGGGUCAGGCUCAGAGACUCUUAAGGAUUCUGUACCAACUCUGUCCCCAGGGUCAGGGUCAAUAUACUAUGUUUAUGUUUUUGUUUUUUUGCAGGCUACUGAGGACUCAACCCAGGGCCUUCACAUUAAGCUACAUCCCAAUCUUUUUAAAUUUUUAAAUUUUGAAACAGGGUCACAAGUUGCACAGGCAAGGCUUAAACUUGUGAGCCUCCUGCCUCAGCUUCCCAGAAUGCUGGGAUUACAGGCCUGGGUAAGACUUUGAAUUUUGGGAUGAGUCAAAACUAAUUGCAGAGAAAAGCUAGAAUCCUUUGUGGGGUGUGGAUCCGUAGCCCAGACCCAAAGGAGAAAGCUUUUGAUGUUCUUGUGGGCUGGGAACCAUGUUAGGUGCACAACUGCCCCAUGAAAGGUAUUGUUUCCUCACUUUGUAGAAGAUGUCAAGGCCUGGAGAUCAUACACUCCUUAACCUGGUUGUGCUGCUACUGAGCAGCAGGGCUGUCUUUGUUCUUAGGCCCUGAAGCUCUAGCCUCCUGGUGCUUAUUCCCCCCCCCCCAACUCACUGCUUGUGUUGGGCAAUGGGGCUGCUUUGGAAAAGAGGCAUGUGCCUUUGGGAUCCACAUUUCCUCUGAGUUCAAGUCUCGGACUCCACCACUGAAACUUUCAGCCUUGGAGAAGUGACUGAGUAUCUCUAA